UCAGCCAACAUGUUAGUCCUGCUGUUUGGGAUCCUGCUCACAACGGUCACGGGAGAUUCAGGCGACUCCCCAAAUCACAAUGGAAAGGGAGAUGGGAUCAGACACACAGAGCAUUUGCCUAACCCGGAGCUGAGAGUGAGCCCAGACCUGAUUACUGAGGGCUCCCACAUAUCCCUCACCUGUCAUUCUCACUCACUGCCCAAGGAUACACUGGAGUUUGCUUUAUACAGGGAUGGAUUUAAGUUGUACAACUUCAGCAAAGACAAUACAUGGCACAUUGACUCAUUUAAGAAAGAAUAUUCAGGAGAUUACACAUGUGCAGUAAACUCUACAACCAGUCCUAAAGAGAUAAAGAAGAGCGAGGCUGUGAAUAUACAGAUAAAGGGAUUGCCUUACUUUGAACUUCAGCUCUACUGCAUCUACACUUCUUUUUACAUUGGUGCCAGAACUUUCCUCCUGUUCUUGUUCCAGUCUCUAUUUAUUAACUGUCUCAUUCUGGUUUCCCUUCUAGAGCCGAUCCCCAAGCCAGAAAUAAGAGUGAGCCCCAAAGUGAUCACUGAUGGUUCUCGUUGGUCCAUAUCCUGCCAUUAUACUCCAACCCCACCAGGAGAGAGUCCAGGCCUGCAGUUUGCAUUAUACAGAGAUGGAACAGUCAUUGAGGGAUUCAGUUCUGCCAGUGAGUGGCACGUAUCCCCGGCCCGGGCUGAGCAGUCAGGAAAUUAUACAUGUGCAGUACGGAGAAGAAAUUAUGGAGAAGAACAGAGAAGCGCUGGUGUCUAUAUUUUCAUACUCACAGCCGCCAAGGGGGACACAGUACCGAUCCCCAGGCCAGAAACAACAGCGAGCCCCAAAGUGAUCACUGAAGGUUCUGAUAUGUCUGAUAUGUUCACUGAAGGUUCUGAUAUGUUCAUAACCCCACCAGUACCGAUCCCCAGGCCAGAAACAACAGCGAGCCCCAAAGUGAUCACUGAAGGUUCUGAUAUGUCUGAUAUGUUCACUGAAGGUUCUGAUAUGUUCAUAACCCCACCAGCAGCCGCCAAGGAAGACACAGCUAAGAGCAACUUACUGCUGUCAGUAGGGCUCCCCCUGCUGGCGAUACUCGUCGUUAUCAUAAUGGUUGUAGCUCUCUGUAAGCUCAGACAAAAGGCUGGACACACAAUACCUCCUUCCCACCAAUCAAAUGCAGACCUUCCCCUCACUAAGACUCCAGCUAUUGCAGUAAAUGAAGACACGGCGUCUUCUGAGGAUCCUCCUCACCCAGGCGCGCCCUCUGCUGGACAAGAUGUGUGCUACACCUACAUUGAUAUCAAUCACUUAAAGAAAACUUCCCCAGCUCCCCCAGCGACUCCAGCCGAUAAUGAUGUGACUUACUCUGUAGUGAUGCCCAAGAACCCCAACUGAUCAGCUCUCCCACCCCCGGCACGUCCCCAGCAGCUUCCCAUGCCUGCAUGUAGGAUAAGUGAUUAGUACUGUCACCCACAGAGCUACCUCUUCUGUAUUCUGAUGGCAGGGACACUGGGAUUAUAUGUAUUAUAAGGGAUAAUGUACCCCCUACUGUAAAUGAUAAGGAUAUUAGGAGUCAGUGAGGGGUUCUGU